ACAAGAUGUAUUGGCAAAUCAUUCUGACCAUGUUUGUGCUAUUGGACCUUCUUCACAUGGCAGUUGCCCACUGUAUGGUCCAUCAGAUUCCUCCCAGGAACUUUACAUUACCCUGUAUGCUGCUGAAUGAAACAUUUUUGAGUCCUUUCUCUGCUGGAGUUGUAGAGAGCUGGUCUGGUUUGAGGAGGGCAUCCGAAACUAAGCCUUCCUUGCUAAUGAACGAAGAAAGUUUUCUAUGUUGCCUUUGGAGUGAUAACAACAUUGAUUGUUCUUUGUACAGAGCAAGCAUGCAAGCAAGGAAGUUUAUUCCUUCAGAAAUAAUUAUCUCCACUUCUCAGGAAAUAGAUUCAAAUUGGAACAUUGAAUGUUGGAUUAAAGGGAAACUGGACCUGUUAGUUUGUAGCCUGCGGUUUUUGAAGAUGUACUUGAGAGCCAACUUGAAGGUUAAUCUUUUAUAUGCUGCAUCAGAGCUUUCACUGGGAGAUGUAUCUACAAGCUCUCUGAAGGGGACGGUCAUGGUUGUUCAGUGUGACUGUAGUGAGUAUGACAAGUGUGAGUGCUGUGUGCCUUCUCUGAGACUCAACUACACUUACAUCAUGUGGCUGAAGAUUGUGAUUGGUGUAACACCUCUGUGGUCACCUUUGAUGUCAGUCAAGCCCAUAGACAUAGUAAAGCCUGAACCUCCUUUGAACCUGCAUCUGGAAAUGACAGAGAAAGGUCAAGUGAAAAUCUGCUGGUCUGACCCUGUGCUAAUGCCAUACCCACUUCAGUAUGAAGUGAAGAUCUCUGCAAAUUCAAGUCAAAAUGGCUGGCAGAUGGUUCACGUUGUUCUAGAAACCUCACUGGCCAUAGACAAUGCGCUACUUAAUUCUUCCUACUUAGUUCAAGUGAGGUGCAGGAAUCGUCGUGGUCCGGGGUUCUGGAGUGACUGGAGCACACCCUAUAAUCUCAACUUGGGAGCUGAAGUCCUGUACUUCCCUCCUAAGAUACUGACCAGUGUUGGUUCUAACGUUUCCUUUCAUUGCAUCUAUAAAAACACAACCAAGAUUGUAAUGUCCAAGAAGAUUGUUUGGUGGCUGAAUUUAGCAGAAGAAAUCCCAGAAAGUCAGUAUACGCUUGUGAAUGAUCGCGUAAGCAAAGUUACUCUUUUCAACUUGAAAGCAACAAAACCUAGAGGAAAUUUCUUCUAUAACGCAUUGUACUGUUGUCAUCAAAAUAGGGAAUGUCAUCAUAGAUACGCUGAAUUAUAUGUAGUAGAUGUGAAUAUCAAUAUCACAUGUGAAACAGAUGGAUACUUAACUAAAAUGACUUGCAGAUGGUCUGCAAACCCAAACACCUUGCUCCUGGGGAAUUCCUUGCAGUUAAGAUACUACAGGAGCAGAAUUUAUUGUCCUGACUUUCCAAGUACUUCUCCAAAAUCAGAGGUGAAAGAAUGCCAUUUACAGAAGAAUCAUUCUUAUGAGUGCACAUUUCAGCCUAUUUUUCUUUUAUCUGGAUAUACCAUGUGGAUAGAGUUUAAGCACUUACUGGGAACACUUGAAUCCUCACCAACUUGUGUCGUUCCAGCAGAUGUGGUGAAGCCGCUUCCUCCCUCCAACGUUAAAGCAGAAAUCACCAGGAAUGUUGGGCUGCUGAAUGUGAGCUGGACAAACCCAAUAUUUACAAAUGAUGAUCUUAAAUUUCAGAUUCGGUAUGCUGUGAACAGGGAAGAAAUUACGUGGGAGCUUUAUGAAGUUUCAAAUGCACCAAGAUCAGCUGUGAUAAAAGUUCAGAAGCUUUGUGUGGAGUAUGUUGUUCAGGUCCGGUGCAGACAACUGGAUGACGGAUCAGGUUACUGGAGCAACUGGAGCAGAUCGGCCUAUACACUUGUAAAGGAUAUCAAAGCUCCCUUACAAGGCCCUGAAUUUUGGAGAGUUAUUAUUGAAGAUCCAGCAAGGAGGCAGAAGAAUGUUACGCUCCUGUGGAAGCCACUGAUAAAGAAUCACUCACUGUGCAGCGUGAGCCGAUACGUUAUAAAGCAUCAGACAUCAGGAAACACCACGUGGUCAGAAUAUGUUGAUAAUGGCACUACCUGUUCAUUUCCGUGGACUGAACACACACAUACCAUUACAAUUUUAGCCAUGAAUUCAAUUGGAGUUUCUUCAAUUAAUUUUAAUUUAACUCUAUCACAGCAAAUGAGCACAGUGAACGUUGUGCAGUCACUUAGCGCUUACCCAGUGAACAGCACUUGUGUGAUUUUGAUUUGGACGCUUUCACCUCAAAUAUACGUGAUAACAUCUUUUGUCAUUGAAUGGAAGAACCUUAACAAAGAAGAGGAGAUGAAAUGGGUGCGAGUUCCUCCAAAUAUUAGUAAAUAUUAUAUCUAUGAUCACUUUAUUCUGAUUGAGAAGUACCAGUUCAGCCUGUACCCUGUGUUUGCUGGAGGGGUUGGCAAAUCCAGAGCAACGGAUCAGUUCACCAAAGGUGGAUAUGAAAGUGAGAAUAACGCCAGCCUCUAUGUGGUUCUGCCAAUAGUUAUUUCGACCUCAGUUCUGUUGGUUGGAACACUGCUGGUUUCGCACCAAAGAAUGAAGAAACUGUUUUGGGAAGAUGUUCCAAACCCCAAGAAUUGCUCCUGGGCGCAAGGAGUCAAUUUUCAGAAGCCUGAAACUUUUGAGCAUCUUUUUAUCAAGCACCCCGAAGCAAUGUCAUUUGAGCCUCUUCUUCUGGAACCAGAAAUAGUGCUGGAAGACAUCAGUGUUACUAAAGCGUUGAAAAAAGAAGACACACAAGAUUUUUUAGUAAAUGAUUCCAUGUUUACAAAAAUUCAAGACUCUGAGCAUGACUCUGCUUGCUCUAGCAGCCAUUUCAAUAGCAGCAGCUUCUCUGAGAGCUCCCAUGAUGACCAAACCAUUGGAGAAAUGACAAGGCAGUCCGAUAUUAAAUAUGCUACUGUUGUCAGUAACUCCAGAUCAAGCGGGCUUUACGAACAGAAAAUGAAUCUAAGAAGUUGUUUUGAUAGAUGCUUCUUAGCUGAAGAUUCCUUAGUUACAGGUGCCUUCUCAAGUAGCUCUUGGGAGGUUGGAAAUGGGGCGUUCCUCAUAUUACCUGACCCACCUAGCAGGCAGCCCAGCGAGACCCUUUCCCUUUCCCUUAUUUCUUCAGAGGGAUUUUCAGAACCUUCAGAUCGGGAUGAGACUUUCACAGACAGAGACAGUCCUGAGCACGGCCUGUAUUACCUAGGGAUAACAACAUCAGAAAAAAGAGAAAAUGACAUUUUUUUGACAGAAGGUUCCGGGGUGAUGUGUCAGUUCCAUGCAACUGACCUACUCAAAGAUAUGGGCUUUCUUCAGCAUACGCUUCCUAAUUUAAAUGCAUUUAUCCAAAGUAGCCUUAAGUAUAAAGCCGUUGUGCCAUACAUGCCGCAGUUUCAGAUGACUGCUGCCAAGGUGCAAGAGACUUCAGAGAAAAACUCGUAA